UCUCCUGGAUAACUUGAUCCACUCAUCGGAAGCAGCAGCAAUGGACGAGUAUCAGACAGAAGAGGAGACUGCGUUCAUCGUUGAAGAAGUGAGCAAAAUCAUUAAAGAGUCAGUGGAAGCAGCCAUAGGAGGAAAUGCCUACCAGCACAGCAGAGUGAACCAGUGGACCACCAGUGUAGUGGAGCAGUGCCUCAGUCAACUCAGCAAGCUGGGGAAGCCUUUCAAAUAUAUUGUUACCUGUAUCAUCAUGCAGAAAAAUGGAGCAGGUCUGCAAACAGCCAGCACAUGCUUCUGGGACAACUCUACUGAUGGAAGCUGUGCGGUGAGAUGGGAGAACAAGUCCAUGUACUGUAUCGUCAGUGUUUUUGGGCUGGCCAUCUGAACCAACUACAACGUACCAUAAGUGUUUGAAGGAUUUUGUGUAUUUUUCAGAACCAGCAUCUAUGUUUGCUCAUGUUGGCUAUAUUUGUAUAAACUGUUGUGUUUUAUAUUAAGUGCAAUUGAUUAAAACAACACUGUGCUGUA